GUAGUAGCAGCACAGAGGGUUAAGGCGCAUAAAUUUGAUCAUGUGGUAUAGACCUAGGCUAAGCCCGACCCGGAAUAUCCACCGAUUUUGCACUGCAGCUCGACGCCGUGUCGAGGACGAAGGCGACUGGCUCUACUCGUCUGAAUGGUGGGGCACCGACUCUAUCUCCGAUGCACACACCGUUUUCCGUUCUACUUCCGAUAAAGGAAACGGCGUCGUUUCUGUCCUCUCGUAUCCUUCUUCCAAACCUAGUCAGGUCCAUUGGCCGGAAACUGAGAAAUGGCUUUGUAAAAGAUAUACAGAGAUGAAUCCAGGUCAAGAACGCGAUGCGAGGUUCAAGAUACUUGGAUAUCAAUGGCGGACUCUUCGUUUUAACGAGGAUACGCGACAGAGUACUGUUAAAGUGAUGGCUGCUUAUAAACAAUCACAGCCCGAUUCUGUUUUUUUAAUGCAGCAGCCUCAUUGUUUAGCCGUUCCAUAUAUAAAAAGUAUGAUUUCUGCCGGGUUCACUACUAUAGCAUCGUCUAAUUACGACCUUGUUGGUGCGGUGUGUGGGAGGAAAACAAUGCGUAUUUUAUGUAUCGGACAUGGCGGGGGAAGCUUACCGUUGUUUUUGGCUAGCAAAAUUCGAGGUGCUGUUGUUGACAUAGUAGAAAUUGAUCCCCUUGUUAUAUCUACUUCAGUACAAGCAAUGGGUUUUCCAGCUUUCUCAGUUAUGACUUCAUCAAAUAAACGCUCAUUGUUGAAACCCAGCACCAUCGAUGAAAUAAUGUGGCGAGACAUCCACGAGAGGCUUCACCUCUAUGAAUCAGAUGCCGAGAAGUUUGUCGUGGACACUGAAAACACAUAUGAUCUGGUCUUUAUCGAUGCUUAUGACGGUGAUGAUAUCUUCCCACGCAAAUUAUGGGAUGCAGAUGCCCCGUUUUUAAGAUCACUUGAUAUGAGGCUGCAUCCAGAGCACGGUACUGUUGUCGUGAACCUCCACGCAGAUCACGAAGCCUUCCACCCACAUUCAUCCAUUUCAAGUUUUUACGAGCAGCUUCUCCCGAUGAAUAAGCAUGUUCAUAAAGUUUGCCAAGCCUAUAAGGAUAUCUUGGUCGGAAAUGGAACUGGUUUUGUAUUCACUGUUGCAGUUCCAUGGGUGUGUAAUAAAUCUAUGGUUGUAUCCAGGGGUUUAGGCAUGACCGACAUAAAGUCGAGUUGCGAUUCCAUUGCAAAUGCUGUAGUAUCUAAAGCUCUUGAAGUCGAAAAUGUAAUGAACCUUCCAUUCCCGUGCUUCGAGUAUAUAAAGAGAGAUUUUACGCUGGUUGAUUAAUCAUAAAAUGUUGAAACACGUUGUAUUUAUACAAUAUGUUGUAUAAUAACGUGACACAUUAGUUGUAUUAGAUGGUUUUUUUCA